CAUCAGAGUCUCAGCAUGAAAGUCUGUCACAAUUUGAUCUGCUUCUUCCUCCUCUUCUCUCUGCAGGAUGGAAGCACCGGUCUCGUCAGUGCCCAACUCUCUGUCUUUUCAGGAAUUGAAGGAGCAGAUGUCACAGUUAAAUGCUCCAUUCCUUCUUUUGGAAUCAGGAAGUUCUUCUGUAAGGAACCAUGUGAUAAAGAAGACAUUCUCAUUGAAACAACUGAUGCCACAGCUCAGAGAGGCAGAUACAGCAUUGAUUAUAAAGAUAGAGUUCUUUCUGUCACCAUCACUCAGCUGACCAAGUCUGACUCCAGACGCUACAGGUGUGGUGCGGAUACAUCUUUGACAAAGGCUUCAUACGAGUAUAUUGAAAUCAUCUUUAUUGAUGCAAUGCUGGAUGGUGGUCCUUCUGCCGAAAAAACAAUCGAUGCUAGAACUGGAGGAAAUAUUGUAGUUCAAUGCAACUUUACUCAAUAUAGAUACAAGAAGUACUUCUGCAAGGAAGAAUGUAAAAAAGGAGACAAUCUUGUUGAAACGAGUAAAUCAGAUCAGGAAAAAGGCAGAUACAGCAUCAGAUAUACUCAUAGAUUUCCAACAGGAGAUGUUCUGUAUGUGAGCAUCAAACAGCUGACCCAGUCUGACUCAGGAUGGUACAGGUGUGGUCUGAGCAGAACUUCCUCUAACGAUCUAUACCAGAGGUUUAGGCUCAUCGUCACUGAUGCUCUGACCACUUCUUCUCCUUCAUCAUCCGUCCCAUCAGCCUCUACAGAAACAUCAAACCAAAGUGAAAGCUCCACAUCUUCACCAGCCUCCCCUAAAACCACACGUGGGAUCCUGUAUGUGCGUCUGACUCUGGUCGUCCUGGUCAUCGUGUCAUCACUGUCUGUGCUGGUAUUCUGCAGGAAGAGGACUUGUAAAGCCAAAAGUGAGGAACCAGAACCUCCUGUGGAAACACAAUAUGAUUUCGUCACAGAGACCGACCGAGUGUACGAUGAUAUCGGGGGAGGCCGGGCCGGAGCAGAUCUCCUCCUAAGUGUGAUCAGCUACCAGUAUGAGUCACUUCUAUUUGAUUAUUAG